UUUCAUUAUUCUAGGAUACCGUACAUUUAAAGUUCUGACGUUAUUACGUUAGUCUGAUUAUUAUAACUAAAUUUCAGUAUCCGACAGUGUAGGCUACUUCCAGAACAGUCUGGAACAAUGUAGCAAACGCAGAACUAAAAGCCUUUCGCAAAGUAAUAAAUGGUCAUUUGUGUUUGGCUGGUUGCUAGGAUACCGUUAACAGUGCUCGGCUUACACACGAACGUGCCUUUUGGUUUUGAAAGCAGGGGAAAAUAAUACAUUAAAAAUGUCAGACAACGAGGAAGGCGAUCAAGUGCCAAAAAGUUCGUUCUCUACGUAUGUUGCGGAAGGCGACCAGCUUUACCUCAAAGGAGAAUUCAUCAAAGCCAUAGAAAGUUAUUCAACGGCAUUGGUGCUGCAGCCGGAUGACAAAAAUUGUUUGGUGGCAAGAUCCAAGUGCUAUUUGAAGAUAGGGGAUUCUGUGAGCGCUUUGAGGGAUGCUGAAGCUUCUCUAAAAGAAGACAAAGAUUUUUUUAAGGGCCUGUACCAAAAAGCAGAGGCUUUAUACACAAUGGGAGACUUUGAAUUUGCCCUAGUGUUUUUUCACCGAGGACAUAAACUGCGUCCAGAGCUCCAGGAGUUCAGACUGGGCAUUCAGAAGGCUCAGGAGGCUAUUGACAACUCUGUUGGUAGUCCUUCAUCGGUGAAGCUGGAGAAUAAAGGAGAUCUGUCCUUCUUUCACAAAAAGAAUGAGGGGAAGACAGUGAAGCCAAAGGGUUUACCACGCACCACAAAGAAGGAGCAGAAUCAGCAGAAUAAGAAGAGUCCCAAGAGCGAGAAGACAGCCAAGCAGCUGCUGGGGGAACUCUACAGUGAUAAGGAAUACCUUGAGAAGCUGCUUAAAGAUGAAGAUCUAAUCAAAGGAGAGAUGCGUAACGGGGAAAAGGUCCAGGACCUCAUCCUCAACUGCAUCAGUUACCUGGACACUCGCACUGAGUUUUGGCGCCAGCAGAAACCAGUUUACGCUCGAGAGAGGGACCGCAAGCUCAUGCAGCAGAAGUGGAAAAAGAACCAGCAGAGCCUGCCCUCGGACCCCACAGGCUAUGUGCUGAAGAGUCUGGAAGAGAUUGAUGCCACUAUGGCUGCAGGCAAUGUCAUGGAGAGCCUUAAAAAGGCACAGCGGGUCCUGAAGACAGUUGAGCGCUGGUCAGAGGAAACUGUACCCAAUAAGAAGGAGGUGCUGGGAAACCUGCACAGCUGCAUCGGAAAUGCUCAGAUUGAUCUGGAGGACAUGGACGGAGCUCUGGAGAGCCACAAGAAAGACCUGGACUUAGCCAGACAGAACAAUUUUACAGAUGCAAAAUCGAGGGCUUUGGACAACAUUGGACGAGUAUAUGCCCGGAUUGGGAAAUACAUGCAAGCAAUCGAGGCCUGGGAAGAAAAGAUCCCUUUGGUCUGUAGUAGUCUGGAAAAGGCCUGGCUGUUCCAUGAGAUUGGCCGCUGCUACCUUGAGCUGGAACGCUUUGAGGAGGCCCGGGACUAUGGUUCACGCUCGCUGGAAGCCGCUAACGAGACCAGUGACGAGAAGUGGCAGCUGAAUGCCAGCGUGUUGGUGGCUCAGUCAGAGGUGAAGCUGGGUAACCACAACUCAGGCGUGGAGCACUUUGAGAGAGCCUUGGAGUGGGCCAAACUUCUACGUGACAACCCUGCCAAGGAAGCCAUUGAGAAGGCACUUACUGAAGCGAGGCAAAACCUGACAGAGGAAUCAAAAUAGAUGCUUGCCAGAAGGUGUCGGGUCAAUGUACUGCAGAAGAAUAAAGGCUGGCUUAAG